GAAUUGAAGCGGUUUUAGUAUUAAUUGAGCAGCUAUACGAAGACGCUUAAUAUUCAGUUGUCAUUCUCUCGAGGAAAGAUGAGCGUCACUCUUAUGGUCGCAGACGCCGUCUGGUCGAACAUCGAAUCUACCGGCUCAGUGACUGAAGAACAGCUCUCAAUCUUGCAUUUGUUGUUUGGUAAGAAUCUUGAGAAAGCGACCAGAAUCAUCGACAAGAGAGGCGUCAAGAAAAUCUCUGGCUUACCUAGUGGAAGACACAUCUUUCAGGUUGUGGGAGAAUCUCAAAAGAGGGAAGAGUAUCUCUGCUUCCCAGGAGAUUACUGUGGAUGCUAUUCUUUCUUCUACGAUGUUGUUAGCAGAGGAGAGCAACAAUGUUGUAAGCAUCAAUUGGCUGCGAGGCUGGCUUCUUGUUUGGGUACAUACAGCGAAAUUGAGGUCUCAGAUGAGCAUCUUGCCGUGAUGCUUUCAAAGAUCUGAAUCUUUCAAAUGCAAUGUAUUUGUGCUGCAAAGUUUUUUGUCUGAAGAAGACAUACAAGAAGUAUUCAUGCUAGCAAAUCCUCCUGUGACAACAAAAAAUCAAUGUCACAAGAAAAUUAAGAGCUUAAUCCUAGUGGCAACCAAAAUUAUGGAAUAGUUUUCUUUUCUUUCAAUUUAUUAUUGUUUUUUCUUUUGAGAAAGAAUUUUAUUUUUAUAAAGUUCAGUGUGUAGGGUUUAAAUUUGGUAUUGUUCCUUAAUAUAAUUUGGGUUAGUUAGAUUAAUUUACCAAA